UAUGAUCUGAACGGUAUCAACGACAGCGACGACUCAGACUCUUCAAUCGAGCUCGAGGAGAAGAUUGUUCGCGCACCCAAGAGAGAUACACUCAAGAAGAGCGAGAUCCAAAAGCUGGCAGCUGAGAAGAAGGCAGCGGCCGAGGAGGACGACGAAGAGGAAGAGGAGGAUGAGGAAGACAUCCCCAUGUCCGAUCUCGAGGACCUCGACGACGAGGAUAAGGAGGAUAUUAUUCCUCACCAGCGCCUCACCAUUAACAACACAACCGCCCUCCUCGCCGCUCUGAACCGCAUCUCAAUCCCCACCGACAAGUCCGUCCCCUUCUCCGCCCACCAGUCCCUCCUCUCCUCCGCCGCAACCGCCGAAUCCAUCCCCGACGUCCAGGACGAUCUUCAGCGCGAGCUUGCCUUCUACAGCCAGAGUCUCGAGGCCGCCCGUUCGGCCCGCAAGCUUCUCCGCCAAGAAGGUGUUCCCUUCUCUCGUCCCAAGGAUUACUUCGCCGAGAUGAUCAAGGAGGAUGCCCACAUGGAGAAGGUCAAGGCCAAGCUCGUCGAGGAGGCUUCCAAUAAGAAGGCCGCCCAGGAGGCUCGCAAGAUGCGCGACCUCAAGAAGUUCGGAAAGCAGGUCCAGGUUGCCAAGAUCCAGGAGCGACACAAGGCCAAGCGUGAUACCCUCGACAAGAUCAAGAACCUCAAGCGAAAGCGCUCAGAAUCUGGCGGUGCCGGUCUCGAUACCAAGGAAGCCGACAUCUUCGACGUCGGUGUCGAGAAGGAGAUGAAGGGCCACAACUCCCGUUCAGGCGCCGGCCGCGGACAAGGAGCCAAGGCCGGUGGCCACAAGCGAGCCAAGAAGGACGAGAAGUACGGCUUCGGUGGCAAGAAGCGCCACGGCAAGUCAGGCGAUGCCAUGAGCUCCGGCGAUCUCAGCGGCUUCGAUCCCAAGAGGAUGAAGGCCGGCAGCAGGGUGUCCAAGUCGCGGCCUGGCAAGGCGAGGAGAAAGGUCAUCGGCUCUCGAUAA